UCCCAUAUGUCCCGCCCUCUUGGGCGUGGCCAGCUGCCUCCCAACUCUUUUUUGUUUGUGUAGCGGAACUUGUGAGCGCUGCGUUUCGGAGCCGCUGGUUUCCGCAUAGCGGGUCAUUGAGGAGAUUUUCAGCCAGGCUUGGAGAAGGAGCUACGCCACAAUGACUUCGACCAACACUUUCCAGGGCCUCGAGGACAGUGGAAAACCCAGUUCCAGGGUUUUGCGACCUCCGGGUGGAGGCAGCAGCAAUAUAUUCGGUGGCUACGAGGAUGACAGCAGUGCUUCGAGACGGCCAAACAAGAUGGCCUCCACGGUUUUCGCCCCUCCAGAGGCACCUCAAGGAGGCCCCAAGCGAUCCAAUCCUCCAGGUGGAAAGAGCAGUGGGAUUUUCACUGAGCCGGAAGCAGCUUUUCCACAACACAAGCCCUUGCCUCCGGGUGGCGUCACUAGCAACAUCUUCGGAGGGCCUGUGUCGAACCUGCCAACAGUUAAAAGUCAUCCCAACAAACCAAAGGACAACAUAAGUGUGGGAUCAGCUGUUCAAGUCAGGGCAGCAGCCCCUCAGCCAAAGGAGGAAGUGAAGAAGAAAGUGCUAGUGUCUCCGCAGGCUACCCCGAAAAAAGAAGCUCCUCCUACCCCCGAACCCACAGCCACCCAGGAUUCUGAUUCGUCCGCCAAACAGCUGAGCGAGAAGGACCACGAGCCGCACCUCGGAGCACGGCCACGCUCACACAACAGAGUUCUCAACCCUCCUGGUGGAAAAUCCAGCGUGGUCUUCUACUGACCAGCACUGCGUUCUCACUCCGCUACAUUUCCCUUCUGUUUCUCUCCCAAUCAGUCGCUCAGUUCUGUCUUUAUUAACACUGCUACUUACUUUUUUUAAAUAACUUUUUCAUUGCCUUCUUAAUUUUGUUUUUCUUUUUUUCUUUUCCCUACUUGCACUUUCUAACUCAUUCCUUAAACAACCCUCUUCCCUGCUCUUUGACGGUUUGAGUAACAGUCACGCUCAAUCAAUCAAACGGUUCCUGUUCUCAUCAAUCACACUCGGAGGCUCGACCGUCUUACGUGAACGUGCUCUUUCCGAAUCCGAUGUCGUAUAGACGAUGAAAACGAAAAAAAAGCGCGUGUAACGGUAAACUGGAACCACUGUCGUGAUCGUAACGGCGCAUGUAUGUAUCUCGGUGUUGUCACGCAGCGGCUCACAUCCCCCGUCCCGAUGCUCUACGAGCUUUCCUGCAUGGUGCUCCUGAAAGUUCAGCCAGGUGUGCGGUCGAGCACAGAAAAAACAAAACAAAAAAAAAAAAAAACGCAAAAUCGGCAAUAAGUUCCGAGGACUGAAUUUUUGUUCUAGCGUAGCUCAAACUCAAAAUAGUGUGAAUAUUUCUUUUUUUUUUUUCUUCUCUUUGGAGAUUGAGGUUUUUUUUUUGUUUUUUUGAGCAGUAUACAGAUGUGGGAUCUAUUAACAGCAUCCCUUUUUCUGUUGCGCUACGUGUACGUGUUAGGAACGCAAGCCGGUCCAGAUGCCGCAAAAAAAAAAGCCCACAGAUGAUUGAAUUGUAACAUACGCAGUGGAACAAACGGCUCCUGAGUAUGCGUGUACUCGGAUUCUUUUGCUAAAAACAAAACAUGCCAUUUAUUCGCAUAUGUAGGUAUUUGGUACAUUAGAAAGAUUCUCUCCCAACCAAUUGAUGCUCUAAUGUCAUUUGUACCAAAAAAGUUUUUCGCACUUGAAUCUGUUUUUUUCCCCAUCGUACACCUCGAGCUGCCGGUUUAAAAUGAAAACCGCAGCAGGGAAGACAGACGGUGGCUCACGUUUGCGUGAAAGUGUGUUUCUCACAUGCUGAUGGAAGCACUGCCCAAAGUGCCUGCGUGGUUGAACGGCAAUGUCGCAGAAAAAACUGUUACAAUAAACAUCUAUUUUGAUUCAUA